AAAACUGUAAACACAGUCAUCGUUUUGUUUAAUAGUUUGCAAAAAUAACCUCAGCACAGCGACGCCGUGUGACCGGCCAAAGUACAACGUGCUCUCGCCCCCUUCUGUAAGUCGUCUUGUUUACGACUUGCUUCAGCUUUUCUCCUCCAUUUUGUGUCACUUUCAGUAUCUUGUCGGUAAGGGGGACUCUCGUCUAUAUUUACCAAUCAAAAGGGAGGUUGCGGUCUCAUCUGACCAAUGAACAACUGAGAUAAUUUUUAAAUAUUUUCAUUUCAUCCAAUCAGGAGGCUUCGCGCCACCUCUCCGGCUAGGGCCUUACAGCUGGGGGACGAUUCGUACUUUGAUCGUUUUAAUUAAGCGUAGAAGAAAGUAUAUUCUAAACAGCAACAUCCACUUUUAGCUAUUCUUUUUACAAGUGGCAAAGGGUCAGAGUAAGAAUGCCCUCCAGAAAGUAUGACAUUGGAGAUACGGUGAUGGGCCGUUGGCCUGGUAGCAGUCUGUACUAUGAAGUAAAAGUGAAAGCUUUCAACCCUUCUACUCAGCUUUACACUGUAAAGUAUGUUGAUGGCACAGAACUUGAACUUAAGGAAGCAGAUAUUAAGAGAUCCCAGCUUUUCAAGUCAAAGAGAGAGGGUUCACGAUCAAAGUCUCCAUCUCGUAGACGCAGCCGAUCACGAUCUCCUGGAAGGCCAGUACGUCGUUCCACUUCACGUGGUAGAGACCCAAAAAAAGAAAAAGAAUCUAAGAUAUAUGAUGUCCUAGAAGUUAAAUUGUCUCCUCUGCCAAAAUCUGUCAUAAACAAUGCAAAUGUUCAGUAUGAAAAGAAGAUUAGUACAAAUAAUGAAGUAAGCUCAGAGGUUUUUCACAAAGUUGAAGUUGGUCAAUAUGAAGAAAAACAGAAGGCAGUAACAAUAACUGCACAGAAUAAGGUUGAGGCUCUGCCAGAAAUAGACCGGGCGGAUGUGCGGUACAACCUACGUCCACGAAAAGAAGAUAAUGACAAAGUAUCUGAAAGUUUUGAGAGAAACGUGGAAGAAGUCACAAUGAAAUCUGUGAGAAAGUCCAAAACAGCUGAACUUGAAUUUGGUGGAAGAAUAGGAGCAUUCAUCAUGAUAUUUGUCCUGCCAGUCAUUGUGUUUCUUCUCCUUGUGACUUGUGCAAAAAAGGAUCCAAGCAUUUAUAAUUUUCCACCUUCCUUGCCUGCAUUCAGUACUUUAUGGGACAGUCAGGUUUUUGGAAUUGUUGGACUCUGGCUUCUUUUUCAAGUUUUUCUCCAUCUUUUGCCAGUUGGAAAGGUUGUUGAUGGGUUGCCCCUUGAAAGUGGAAAAAAAUUGAAAUACAGAACUAAUGGAUUUUAUGCAAUAUUGGUGUGUGCAGUAAUGGUGGGAGCAGCCGUCUUCUAUGGAAUUGAUUUUACUUACGUACAUGAUCAUUUUCUCCAGUUUGCUUCAUCUGCAUUCAUUUUUUCUGUGUUGCUCAGUCUUUAUCUCUACAUACGAUCACGCUGGGCCUCUAAAGAUGAAUUGGCCCCAAAUGGAAAUUCUGGUAAUUUGUUCUAUGACUUUUUUAUUGGCCAUGAAUUGAACCCUCGUGUAAAAUCCUUGGAUCUUAAAUACUUCUGUGAACUACGCCCAGGAUUAAUUGGAUGGGUUCUUAUUAAUUUUUCAAUGGCUUUGGCAGAAAUGAAAGAACAAAAUAUCGAAUAUCCUUCAUUGGCAAUGAUACUAGUUAAUGCUUUUCAGCUCAUUUAUGUGUUGGAUGCUCUUUGGAAUGAGGAAGCUAUUUUGACCACUAUGGAUAUUGUUCAUGAUGGAUUUGGAUAUAUGUUGGCCUUUGGUGAUUUAGUUUGGGUUCCGUUUGUUUACAGCUUACAGGCUUACUAUUUGGUCAAUCAUCCUAAUCAGCUUUCUUGGCCGUUUGGUGCAGUAAUCAUCAUUCUUAAUGGUACUGGAUAUUUAGUUUUUCGGAAAGCCAAUUCCCAGAAAAAUGUAUUCAGAAGAAAUCCUCAUGAUCCUAGGGUGGCACAUUUAAAGACUAUAUCCACUGCAACUGGGAAAAGCCUUUUAGUGUCUGGAAUGUGGGGAUUUGUCCGUCAUCCUAACUAUUUAGGUGACAUUAUUAUGGCACUUGCUUGGUCAUUACCUUGUGGUUUCAGCCACAUUCUGCCAUACUUUUAUGUCUUAUACUUCACUUGCCUACUUGUUCACCGGGAAGCCCGCGAUGAACACCAGUGCAGAAAGAAAUAUGGAUCAGCGUGGGACGAAUACUGCCGUCAAGUUCGGUACCGUAUCAUCCCUGGCAUCUACUAGAGAACCACCUUAAAAGCAAAUAUAGUACUUACAAAUGCUGUUUUCUCAGUUUAUUUUUCAAAACCAUAAUUCAAUUUGUUUUAGCAAAAGAAACAAGAAAGCUAAAAAUGUAUAUUUUGUGCUACUGAAAACCACUUUGACAAUUUUGUGUAAUUCUGAGGGUCAUUUGAGCUUAGGCAGCAUGGCUAAACUGAAUUUUUACUUAAGAGCUUCUCGGCAAAGCGUCUGCUCAGAUUGAUUUACGAAUAAAUGACGUGAAUAGCAAAAAAGGUCUGUUUAAUCGCACUGUAUAUUUAGAUGUAUAUAAGUAUAUGUAUGUGUGUGAGUGCGCGCGUAUACGCUUUUUCCAAAGUGGCUUUAGAGCUAUUGCUCUGCUAAGGAAAUUGUUAACAAUGGAACAUGCAGUGCAUCUAUCUGUGUGACCUGCAUUGCUUGCACUUUGUUGCAAUGAUAAAAUAUUGUAAAUGUAAUUUUUGAUUUAUUGUGAUGAAUUGUGUGUAUAGAUUUUCAUUGUAAUGCUUAAGAUCGCUCAGGACACAGAUUUUAAAACUACAGUUCACUUAAAAUAGCAAUUUACAGUUUUUCUGUACAUAUUUGUAGUAUAUGAUAUGGUGCAUGGUUUUAACUUGUGGUAGUAAAAUACUAAAUUAUAUUUUAGUCUAAUUUGUUGCUUUCUAAAUAUUAAA